AUGACGGGAGCAGAGGCUGCAAGCUUAGGUAACCUUGUUAUGGGUUAUUGUGCGAUUUUUGGGAUGAGAUGUUGUGUGUUGUAUGAUACUGAAGGGACACACUCCUUUGUGUCAAAUGCUUGUGUGGAACAUUUGGGUCUGCCGGAGUUGAAGGUGAUCUUGGGGAUGAAUUGGCUCUCUACCAAUCGCAUUCUUAUAGAUUGCCGAGAGAAGAAGUUGUUUUUCCCUAACUCAAAGAAGCUUGAGUUGUUAACAUCUCAAGGGGUUGUGAAGGAACUACAAGAGGGCGCGCAUGAAUUUGAGGAUGUAUUCCCAGAUGAGGUGUUAGGGUUGCCUCCCCAUAAAGAGGUGGAGUUCUCUAUCGAUCUAGUACCAAGAACUGACCUAGUAUCGAUGGCUCCAUACCGUAUGGCUCCGGCGGAGUUAGUGGAACUCAAGAAACAGAUAGAGGAACUAAUGGAGAAGCGGUUCAUUCGACCUAGUACUUCGCCUUAA